AUGGCUGUUGAAGACGCUCACGAAAAGCCACGUGAAUCUAUCGAAGAUACCUCCUCUGAAGAAGAAGCUUCCCAAGUUACUUCUGCUGCCUCUUCUGAUGUAUCAUCUGAAUCCGAUGAUGAUAUCGAUCAAUUGAUUGAAGAUUUGCAAUCACACCACGGUUUGGAUGACGAUGAUGACGACGACGAAGAAGAACACGCUGCCGGUGCUUCCAGAGAGGUUCCAGAAGAAUUAUUGCAAACAGAUCCUAACUACGGUUUAGACGACGAGGAAGUUUCUAAGAGAAGAAAGAAGUACGGUUUGAAUCAAAUGGCUGAAGACAACGAAAGUUUGGUUGUCAAGUUUAUUAUGUUUUUUGUCGGUCCAAUUCAAUUUGUUAUGGAAGCUGCCGCUAUUUUAGCUGCCGGUUUGGAAGAUUGGGUCGAUUUUGGUGUUAUCUGUGGUUUGUUAAUGUUGAAUGCCGGUGUUGGUUUCAUCCAAGAAUACCAAGCUGGUUCUAUUGUCGAUGAAUUGAAAAAGACUUUGGCUAACUCUGCAUUUGUUAUCAGAAACGGUGAAUUGGUUGAAAUUCCAGCCAACGAAGUUGUUCCAGGUGAUAUUUUGAGAGUUGAAGAUGGUACUGUUAUUCCAGCUGAUGGUCGUUUGGUUACUGAAGGUUGUUUCUUGCAAAUUGAUCAAUCUGCCAUUACUGGUGAAUCUUUGGCUACUGAUAAGCACUACGGUGACCCAACCUUUUCCUCUUCUACUGUUAAGCGUGGUGAAGGUUUCAUGAUUGUUACAUCCACUGGUGACAACACCUUUGUUGGUAGAGCUGCUGCUUUGGUCAACCAAGCCUCUGGUGGUCGAGGUCAUUUCACUGAAGUUUUGAACGGUAUUGGUACUAUUUUGUUGGUUUUGGUUAUCAUCACUUUGUUGAUUGUUUGGGUGUCCUCAUUCUACAGAACCAACAUGAUUGUUAUGGUUUUGCGUUACACUUUGGGUAUUACCAUUAUUGGUGUUCCAGUUGGUUUGCCAGCUGUCGUUACCACCACUAUGGCUGUUGGUGCUGCUUACUUGGCUAAGAAGAAGGCUAUUGUUCAAAAGUUGUCUGCCAUUGAAUCUUUGGCUGGUGUUGAAAUCUUGUGUUCUGACAAGACCGGUACCUUGACCAAGAACAAGUUGUCUUUGUACGAACCAUACACUGUUGAAGGUGUUGACCCAGAUGACUUGAUGUUGACUGCUUGUUUGGCUGCUUCCAGAAAGAAGAAGGGUUUGGAUGCUAUUGAUAGGGCCUUUUUGAAGUCCUUGAUCAACUAUCCAAGAGCCAAGGCUGCUUUGACCAAGUACAAGGUUUUGGAAUUUUACCCAUUUGACCCUGUUUCCAAGAAGGUUACUGCUAUUGUUGAAUCGCCAGAAGGUGAAAGAAUUAUCUGUGUUAAAGGUGCUCCAUUGUUUGUCUUGAAGACUGUCGAAGAAGACCACCCAUUGCCAGAAGAUGUCCGUGAAAACUACGAAAACAAGGUUGCUGAAUUGGCUUCCAGAGGUUUCCGUGCCUUGGGUGUUGCCAGAAAGAGAGGUGACAACCACUGGGAAAUUAUGGGUGUUAUGCCAUGUUUGGAUCCACCUAGAGACGAUACUGCUCAAACUGUUGCCGAAGCUAGACGUUUGGGUUUGAGAGUUAAGAUGUUAACUGGUGAUGCUGUUGGUAUUGCUAAGGAAACUUGUCGUCAAUUGGGUUUGGGUACUAAUAUUUACAACGCUGAAAGAUUAGGUCUAGGUGGCGGUGGUGGUGACAUGACCGGUUCUGAAUUGGGUGAUUUUGUUGAAAAUGCUGAUGGUUUUGCUGAAGUUUUCCCACAACAUAAAUAUAAUGUCGUUGAAAUUUUACAAAACAGAGGUUACUUGGUUGCUAUGACUGGUGAUGGUGUUAACGAUGCUCCAUCUUUGAAGAAGGCUGAUACUGGUAUUGCUGUCGAAGGUGCUUCUGAUGCUGCUAGAUCUGCUGCUGAUAUUGUCUUUUUGGCUCCAGGUUUAUCUGCUAUUAUCGACGCUUUGAAGACCUCCAGACAAAUUUUCCACAGAAUGUACUCUUAUGUUGUUUACCGUAUUGCCUUGUCUUUGCAUUUGGAAAUCUUUUUGGGUAUGUGGAUCUGUAUUUUGAACCACUCCUUGGAUAUUGAUUUGAUUGUUUUCAUUGCCAUUUUCGCUGAUGUUGCUACCUUGGCCAUUGCCUACGAUAACGCUCCAUACUCCCAAAAGCCAGUUAAAUGGAACUUACCAAGAUUAUGGGGUAUGUCUAUUAUUUUGGGUAUUAUUUUGGCUGUCGGUUCUUGGAUUACUUUGACUACCAUGUUUGUCUCCAAGGGUGGUAUUAUCCAGAAUUUCGGUUCUAUUGAUGGUGUUUUGUUUUUGGAAAUUUCCUUGACUGAAAACUGGUUGAUUUUCAUUACCAGAGCUGUUGGUCCAUUCUGGUCCUCUAUUCCAUCUUGGCAAUUAUCUGGUGCUGUUUUGGCCGUUGAUAUCAUUGCUACUAUGUUUACCUUAUUUGGCUGGUGGAGUCAAAACUGGACCGAUAUGGUUACUGUUGUCAGAAUCUAUAUCUGGUCUUUUGGUAUUUUCUGUGUUAUGGGUGGUGCUUACUACAUUAUGUCUCAAUCCGAAUCCUUUGACAGAUUGAUGAACGGUAAGCCUAAGCAUGACAAGGGCCACAGAUCUAUUGAAGAUUUCUUGGCUGCUAUGAACAGAGUUUCCACUCAACAUGAAAAACAAAAAUAA